GUAAACAUUAUCCCGGUUAAACAGUAUUCAAGACGGAGAGGUAAUACUGCCAGUACGAGUACUCCGGCAUACAGGAACUGAACCGUCUCCAGGCGUAAGAGGCAGCGGGACAGCCGGAGGUGCAGAUGCAUACCGGGUACCGCACUCUCAAAAUGGUAGAGGAUGGCUUUGGCGACGGCGUGACAAGCCAGGGACUUGCAGACGGCAGAAAGUUGCCGGGACAGUGGAACUGCCUGGGCUCUGGAUGCCAUCGCUACUCCUGCUUCAUUCUCCUUGUGGCAACGACUCUGGUUAUCUACAACACGAACUUACUGGACAAGGCCGCAAACUGGAGCCCAGAAUGGUGGAGCCAGUACAACGCAACAGGAUGGUGGGCGCCGCUUAAAAAUCCGAUACCCAAGCCUGUCUCAGUAAGGACCGGUGAUGUGGAUGGAAGCACUUCGGACGCUGCGGUGGGGUUUAGAGAUCAAACCAACACCUCUGUUUUGACCCAAGCAGAGGUGGUCUCACCCACACAGACGGUAGAGGUGGAAACAACAUCCACUAAAGAGGCUCCACCCAUCGUUCAACGGACAACCGAAAGCAAAACUACCAAAGCUGUGCCCUCGACUCCAGUUCCUUAUGUCUCACCAGGACCAUACGUGGUGGAAUACCCGUCUGAAUACCACUUUGUCAUCAACCAGCCGCAGAAAUGCCAGCAACAGAACCCGUUCCUGGUGCUGAUGGUUCCGGUGGCACCCCAAAAUAGGGCGGAUCGAGAUGUUAUCCGCUCCACCUGGGGCAGCGAGCGUGUGGUGCUGGGCAAAGCGGUGGGUUUGUUCUUCUUGCUGGGCCAGCCCACGGUGGACGGGGCGGACCAAAUCCAACAGCAGGUGCGACAGGAGAGCGAGGAGAAACGGGACCUGCUGCAGGCCGACUUCCUGGACUGCUACAAGAACCUCACCAUCAAGACCAUGGUGAUGUUGGAGUGGCUGGACGCCCACUGCUCAGCGGCCUCCUACGCCAUGAAGAUCGAUUCCGACAUGUUCCUUAAUCUGCAGAACCUGGUUAAAAUGCUGCUAAACGCUCCAAAGGAAAACUACAUGACAGGGCUGGUCGCACAAGGAGCGUCUGUGCUGAGACAACCAACAUCUAAAUGGUUCCUACCGGCGGACCUGUUCCCCGAGUCCCAAUACCCACCUUAUGCUUUGGGCCUGGGCUACAUCCUAUCUUUAGACCUCACUACAAAGCUGGUGGAGGCAUCCAGACACGUUAAAGCUCUCUACAUUGAAGAUGUGUAUCUGGGCCUGUGUAUGAGGUACCUUCAUAUUUUGCCCACCAACCCAAAAGACUGGAACUGGUUUCAUGUCUUUCCUCUGGCUUACAGUCGCUGUGCUUACUCUAAAAUAAUAGCCACCACAACGGCCAGCGAGACAGAUCGAGUGAGUAUUUGGAAAGACUUCAAAAGACCGAAGCCCUUCUGUGGAUAGAGGAGAAGGCGUAAAUAGGGGAACGUGAAGCUGUGACCGCAAAACAAAGGUGGAAGACACCGUUUCAGACCUCAGAAGAGAAGCCUUUCAUAUUCAAGAUUCCAGAUUCAAAGGUUUAUUUGUUACAUAUUUUUCAUAUACAAGUACAAUAAGCAGUGACAUCAUUUUUGACAAAUCCUAACGAUGUGCGACAAGAGAAAUGAAACAACAAUAAUAAUAAAAUUAAAACACAAUUUAAAAAAGGUUAAAAAAUAUCCAGGGAGAAUACAGACGGUACAUAUAAAUACAAUUUUACAAUGUACAAUUGCUACUCAAGUACUAGUACAAGUGUACAACUAGACUGAAUGAGUAAAGUGGAAAGUGUCUGAGGCAGAGUGGUUAAAGUGGCAGUAAUACUGGAAAUGUAAUUGUUAUUUUUGAGUUGAGUGUCCUUGUUGCCUAGGGGUAGAAGCUCCUUCUGAGUCUCUCUGUGUGGCGUUGUGGAUGUGGAGGAGUGUAACUACCUGACCGCAGGGGCUGAAACGGUCCAUUAUUGGGGUGAUGAAGAUCCAUAAUAAGCCUUCUAGCCCUGGCCCUGCACCACCUGGUGUAGAAGUCCUGCAGGGGGGCUGAGUGUGGUCUCGGUGAUCCGCUCAGCCAACCGUACCGCUCUCUGCAGGGCUUUUUGACCUUGAAAGAUGCGGUUCCCAUACCAGGCUAUGAUGCAUCCUGCCAGGAUGCUCUCAACAGCACUAGAGGUGAUGAAGACACUGCUUCGCCUUUGUCACCAAUGUGUCUAGGGACUUUCCGCAGAGCUGGACUCUGGAUCAGCGCCGAGCGAGAGUAUUCCUGAACAGGUUGCUUGUUUGGUGUCAUGUGUCAGACACAGAGCCAAUGAGAAAGAAUAAUAUUUCUAAUGGAGUUGAUCUUAUGGAGCAAUGUGAACCCAUACAUGUCUUUGUAAGACAUUACAGACCAGCACAUUUUCGUUUGUAACGGUCACUGAUAAUUCCAUGCCUUGUAUCUGAGGGUUAUUUUAUAAAUGUGGAUGUUUGCUGAUGAAUGAUCAUUUAAAUUGGUUUGUAAGAGUGAUGUUAUAUUUGCCCAUGAAAAAGAGGGCUUGAAUAAAAGAGAGC